GAACAAACAUCUCUUCAAUGGUCAGUCUGUAAGUACAAUCUGUUCUGUCCAAAUUUCAGUAAUUACACUCUUAGCAUGUGUUGGAGAAGAAUGGAGGUGAGAUAAAGGAUCAUAUCAGCUGGGAAACUUCAGAUUUUAUAAAAACAUCUUACAAAGAAGAGUUUAUUGAUCAGUGUGAGAAAAACAAUCAAUAAAGGAAAGUCUAGAGAGCGUAAGAUGUAACUAACAUUACUGAGAAAUGUGAUGAGCAAACAGGAAGAGAAGAUUCAUAUGUUCAGAAAAUGUUCAAAUGUUCAAUCACUUUACUCUGAUACAACCUUUAAGAGCAGGAAGUGACAACACCUGAAGAAAACCAGUGUGUUAAAGAGGUUAUUGGCGCGUGCUGCAGUGUCAAACUCUGUAAAAGUUAUCUAAGAAGAGUUUCAGUCAUCCAGGUCACAGGAUUUACAGAUGCACUAACUCAGAGGAGCUGGCUUCUCUGUGUAUCUGCUCUUAUGUGCAGUGUGUUUGUUCUGUGUUGCCUUCAAGUUCCCAUUAAAAGAAAAGUCUGGAGUUUUUCUUGUAUUAUUCUCAUCACUGUCGUUUCUGUUCAGUUCUGACCUCACUGCUGAGCUGCACAACAAACCAAGGCAGAUCUCUGGGGACAGACUGUAACGUGCUGCAUUUUGUGUUGAAUUACAUGUUUGGACAUGAAGCAUCACUUUCAUCCAGUCUCAGUGAUCCAGUUAUCAACCAAUCAGUCUUUGGUCUGCAAGCAAAUCACCUGUUUUUCUCGUCUGACUGUGAGUCCCAGCAGCUCUCAGCUGUUUAGAGGGGAGUUUUUCUCUCUGAGCUGUGAGGAGGACGACAGCUCUGCUGGAUGGACGCUGAGGAGGAACUCAACCAGAGAAACCAGGACUCAGUGUGGAGCUGGCUGGGGAAGAUCAGCUGGUUCUUCCUGUAACAUCAGCUACGUCCUCCCAUUGGACAGUGGAGUUUACUGGUGUGAGUCCAGAGAGGGAGCAACCAGUAACACCAUCAGCAUCACUGUCACUGAUGGAUCAGUGAUCCUGCAGAGUCCUGUCCUCCCUGUGAUGGAGGGACAUGAUGUCACUCUCCACUGUAAACCAAAGACCCCUCCCUCCGACCGCCCAGCUGCUUUCUAUAAAGAUGGCUCCCUCAUCAGCACUGAGCCUACAGGUCACAUGACCAUCCACCAUGUUUCCAAGUCUGAUGAAGGCCUCUACAAGUGUCACAUCAGCCGUCAUGGAGAGUCUCCACCCAGCUGGAUCUCUGUCACAGGUGGGAUUCUCUCUACAGGUAAGCCUACAACCACAGUCCGACCCCCAUCACCAACCACGCCCCCCACCUCUGCAGCCCCGCCCCCCACAUCAACCCCGCCCAUAUAUGUACCCCCGCCCCCUGUCUCUACAGCCCCGCCCCCUGCCUCAGCCCCCCUCCAGCUUGUGUUCAGACUGGUCUGCCACCUGGUGGUGUUCUGUCCGUACUGCAUCUCCACUGUCCUCAUGGUGUCUUUAUAUCGACACAGGCCCACAGGAAAUGACCUGCCCGUCUCCAUAGUGAUGACCCCGCCCACCCAGGCUGAGAAGGGAUUGGCUGAUGACUAUGAUGAUGUCAUCACUGCUGUAACCACAGAGCAUCACUUCUGAGCUCAACAGAAAUCAAAGAGAGAAAGUUUUGGUUUAAAACAAACAUAAUGAAGCUGAAACAUCCUGUUUUGAUCCUGCAGUCACAAACCUUUAACUUAAAAUCAGAAUGUAGUCUGUGCAACAACACAGAAGUGGUGGAAGCUAAUUUACAAAGGUGGAAAAUGUCUUUAUCAUCUUCUCACUCUCACAUUCAUUAUUUAAUAUCAUGUUUCUAAUUAAUUUUAUCACUUGUGGAAAACAGAAAUCCAAUCUUUGACCUCUAUGUCUGUUUGGCAGAGGUGGGGGACUCAAGUCGCAAAUUUAAGGACUUGGGAUUUGCUUGACCAACACUGAUUAGACUCAACUUGACUUUGAUUUGGUAUUCAUGACUUGAGACUUGACUUAGACUUGAGACAGAUGACUCAAAAGGACUUGACCAUUUUUAUUAAGCUGAAUAGCUUAUUUGCAUUUUUCUAGAUAUUGAGCAUGAACACUUAUCGUUUUGAAACAUGAUUGGUUGACUUUUAGUGUGGUGCGCGCAACCCAGGCUUAAAGGACAGUGUCAAGAGAAGAAACAAUGUAAGACAGGAUCGAGCUGAAAGCAUGUUGAAAAGGAUUCUCCCAUACCUGUGCUGAUUUUCUUUUGAGCCCAGACUGUUUCUGAUUCAGACAAGACAGCUUAUGAGUUAACAGAUUUUCACGAGAGUCAUAAUUCUGCUCGCUGUCCCUCAUUAGUUCAAAGUCAUUGUAAAUCAACCACUCUCCCUCUCUCUAAUCAACUGUGUGACAAAUGCAAUCCUGCCAGAUCAGGUAAAUAAAAUUGUACUUUUCCUUGAGGAUUAAAAUUUCAAUGUUCUAAAUGAACAGAUGCAGUCUACACAAUCCACAGCAGAAAAUAGUAAUCAUAGUAAUAGUUAUCCGCGGCUGGCAACUGUAGCAAAGCCCUUACUUUGCAUCCCUGCCUCAUCAACCCAUUCAGAGCGCAUAUUUUUCUCAUAUGAACUGCAAUGCCGUGCCAGAGGAGGGCUCAUCUGUAAUGAUGACUGUUUUUGCAUUGCUAUCAAUACCGAGUCUUAAAAUGACUGCAAACCACAAAACAAACUGUGAUGGAAGCGGAGAAGGGUGAUAGAAACGGAGGGCAGGGCAGCAGUCUGUUGUCUGUAGCGAGGUUCUCUGCUCCGGCAGGAGAGACGCCUCAUGGUGCGCUGGGAUUUUACAACUGAACUAUGAGCAGGACGCACACUUUUACUUUCCCUGACUGUGUUGAUAUGGAUACUAGGCCUACAUGUAUUUGGACGUAUCCACAAUAUCAAAAAAAAUAUUUUGUUAAAUAUUAUUUCCAAAACUAAUAUAAACGUAGUACUAAUAAUUUUAAACUAACUUUUAAUAACACGUAUUUUGCACCCAAAAGAGUAUUGAUAGGUAUUGGUAUUAAUAAAAUCCUAACCACACCAUACCCAUUCCCUAGUUGUAGAGACUUACUAACAUGUGUAGUCUUCUCAUGACAUGGCUUGCCAUUGUACCCAUUUCUCUCGUUUUAAGCGCUUCUUUCAUGGUGACUCAACUUGACUUGCUUGAGUAUAAAAACACAGUGACUUGGAACUUGCACAUGUGUGACUUACUCCCACCUCUGCUGUUUGGGCUCAAAACAAACCUCCAGACUUUCAUUCUCAAUCCUUCAGAAUCUAACAGACCUUCCACAGGUGGUGUUGAAGAGUCAGAGUGUGUUUGAGCGCCACAUGCUGGUCAUGAAGCAGACAGAGCAAUAAAGAGAAAUAAUGAAGACAACAGAGUGCUGCUGUUCCACCAUCUUCUGCUCUUCCCUUCAUUGUUUUCCUCUCUCUGGAUGUUGCUGCACUCUGACAGUAAACCACUGACGUUUAGUGACUGAAGGAGCAGCUUUUCUUUCUUAUUGAGCUUUCGAAUGUGUCUGGUAGCUCACAUGACCUUUGACCUUUACACCUCAGCUCAUGUCAGCGCUGAUAUUUCCUCCCUAACUGUAAUGUACAUAAGCUGAUGUGGGUCCUGCAGUAGAUUGGCUUGUAUCUGCUGCAAGCUGCAGUUAAUACUCCAUUUACUGAGCUAUUCUCUGCUGUUUGCCCUUUAUGGCUGAAAAAAAGUGAAGAAUUGUCAAAAUAAAAGUUCCUGUGGUGAGUUAACAUUUGUAACAUACUGAGAUACUUUUUAUGCCAAAACUAUGAGAUAAAAACAUGAUAAUAAGUUACUUUAUUAUCUCAUCAUGUCAGUAAGUGAAAAAGUUUAACGUCAUAACUUUGAAAUUGCUGAACUUGUAUUCAGCAUUAAAAAUUAUAUAUGAA